AUGGCCUCGAUCUGUCGGCCGCCUGCCGAACCCGAGAUGUCACCCACGACCGCCUUCGCUCGGUACAAAGCAUUCCACGCCCAGGAGGAGAACCCCUUCUCCUUCAACAUCUCCUCCGACAAAAAGUUAUCACAGACUUCAACGGAAAAGAUUAUACAACGCCAUGCUGUCGGUCUGCCAGAGGGAAAGCUCGUUCGGAGCGGCGACUAUAUCAGUAUCUCUCCUGCGCGCCUCAUGUCUCACGACAACAGCGCAGCUAUCAUCCUCAAGUUCCUAUCUAUUGGGGCUUCCAAAAUUCGAGACCCUAGACAGGUCAUCAUGACCCUGGACCAUGAUGUCCAGAACAAGAGCGAAACGAACUUGAAGAAAUAUCAACGAAUCCAACAGUUUGCUACGGAACAAGGUAUUCAGAACUACCCUGCUGGACGCGGCAUUGGCCAUCAGAUCAUGGUCGAAGAGGGUCACGCUUGGCCAGGUACCCUUACGAUGGCAUCUGACAGCCAUUCCAACAUGUACGGUGGCAUAGGUUGUCUAGGGAUAGCGGUGGUCCGUACAGAUGCAGCAAGCAUAUGGGCCACUGGAAAGACAUGGUUCCAGGUCCCUCCUGUUGCAAAGGUUACCUUGACAGGAAUCUUACCUCCAGGCGUGACUGGCAAGGAUGUCAUUGUUGCACUCUGCGGCCUGUUCAACCAGGACGAAGUGUUGAAUCACGCCAUUGAAUUUGCUGGCUCUCAGGAGACUAUGGCCAGCAUACCGGUUGAUGACCGUCUAGCUAUUGCUAACAUGACUACGGAAUGGGGCGCAUUGUCAGGGCUUUUCCCAGUCGACUCAACAUUGGAAAAAUGGCUACGUGCCAAGGCGACAGCCUCCGCAGUAUUGGGUGAUGGUGUUGCUGCAAAUGAGUUCUCACACCAGAGAAUUGACCAACUCAUUCGAGACCGUCCGACAGCUGACCCCGGUGCCUCAUACGCCAAGUCGCUAUACCUAAAUUUGUCGACGCUGUCUCCUUUCGUUUCUGGGCCAAAUGCGGUCAAGAUUGCAACUCCUCUCCGCGAUUUGGAGGCCAAGGACAUCAAGAUUGACAAAGCAUACCUUGUCAGCUGCACCAACGGGAGAGCAUCAGAUCUGCGAGCCGCAGCAAGAGUGUUCCGUGAGGCGUCUGACAAGGGCAUCGAACCCAAAGUAGCGCCUGGUGUAGAUUUUUACAUCGCAGCGGCCUCUCUGCCUGAACAACAGGCGGCAGAAGAGACUGGGGACUGGCAAGUACUUCUAAAGGCUGGCGCCCAGCCGCUUCCUUCUGGCUGCGGACCUUGCAUCGGCCUGGGCACGGGCCUGCUUCAGCCGCACGAGGUGGGAAUCUCGGCAAGUAACCGAAAUUUCAAGGGACGCAUGGGCUCGCCCGAUGCUAAGGCCUAUCUAGCAAGCCCUGAAGUUGUCGCAGCUAGCGCUCUACAUGGCAAGAUCGCUGGCCCUGGCUGGUACCAAAAGCCGGAGGGGGUGGAAAAGCCCAUCAUUGGAGAGGGUACCGGUCAGUUCGAGCAUGACAAAGUAUUGAGUAUAGAAGAUGCUUUGGAGAAGCUCAUUGCCGAAGCUGACAGCUUGAUCUCGGGGGCUGAGCAAAACGAGGCGGGUGUCGAGAUCUCCGAAGAGGAGGAGACCAUGACUGACAUUCUGCCUGGCUUCCCCGAAACGAUAGAGGGGGAGCUUGUGUUUUGCGAUGCUGACAAUAUCAACACGGAUGGCAUCUACCCGGGGAAGUAUACGUACCAAGAGAGCAUCACCGUCGAGAAGAUGGCCGAGGUGGUUAUGGAGAAUUACGACCGAAACUUCGGCGACAUCGCCAAGGCAGGCGAUAUCCUGGUGGGCGGGUUCAACUUUGGAUGCGGCAGCUCCCGCGAACAAGCUGCCACGGCAAUCCUGGCCAAGAAGAUUCCCCUUGUUGUCUCCGGCAGCUUCGGGAACAUCUUCAGCCGGAACAGCAUCAAUAACGCUCUGAUGUUCGUGGAGAUACCACGCCUCGUGCAGCGACUACGGGAGACGUUUCAGACUGCCGAGGGGGCAGACAAGGUAUUGACUCGUCGUACGGGGUGGAAGUUCCUAUGGGACUUGAGAAGGAGCAAGGUCACCGUCAUCGAAGGCGAGGGCGGGCAGACCUGGAGUCAAAAGGUUGGUGAGCUACCGCCCAACGUGCAGGAGAUCAUCGCCAGGGGUGGACUUGAAAAGUGGGUGAAGCAGGAGAUUACAUCGGCUUAG